CGUUUUGCAGGGUUUCGGGGGCUCGGCGCGGGCCCGGCCUUGGCAGGGCCAAAGCCAGCAACGCUCCCCGCGCGGCCUGCCGGGAAAUGGAGUCCCUCGCCGUCUUCGCAGGCGCCCCGGGAGCGCCCUCUGCCGGCCCGCCGGGGACUGCGUCCUGAUUGGCGGAGCGGGAAGGGCUGCGCCAGCCCGCGGCCUGCUGGGAAAUGUAGUCCGAGCUCUGCCCUGCCGGGAAGGGAGCCUUUUCCUCUUCCAGUUGGGGGCGGCGGGCGGACGGGGGCCAUGUCCUUCAAGCGGGAGGGGGACGACCCCAGCCAGCUGAAGGUGCUCAAGAAGCGGAGGGUGGCUGAGCUUUUGGCCAAUUACAUCCCCGAGGACGAAGCCUUGCUGCUGCGCGAUGGCAGGUACGCCUGCACUGUCUGCUUCCAAAGGCCGGUUUUUGACACUCUGGACAUGCUCACGGUUCACCGCUCCGGAAAGAAACACUUGGCCAGUUUGCAAAAGUUUUAUGGGAAGAAGCGUUCCCUCCAGAACGAAGUCCAGAAACGUCAGCACCAGACGUACCUGCGAGCGGAAGAAAACGGCGCCCAGGUAGGUCCAGGGCCAGCCCCUUUGCUUGCCCAGACCCGGAAGAUCACCCAGAACGCCCUGCUGAAAACCGUGCCCUACAGCAGCUGCUGCCGGCCAAAAAGGGAGGCCAGGGGCGAGGCUGGUGCCGGUGCCAGCACUGCUGCUGACCGCACGGGGCUGCCCCAGCCCUCAAGUUCUGAGUUGGCUGAUGAAGAGCGGCCAGUUGGGGAGGAAGCGAGCCCCGCCGUCCGUCUGCCCGGCUGCAGACUCGCUGCGGCAGAAACUCGAGAGCUCACUCGAGAGAAGAAGUUUGCCCGUCAAGGAAAGGGCCGCACGACGCGGAAACCUUCUGGGCCCAGCGAUCCGGAGAAGCAGCGAGCCUUGGAGCACUACCUGAAGCUGAAAAGUUCGGGGUGGAUCCAAGAUGGGUCGGGCAAGUGGGUCAAAGACGAGAACGUGGAAUUUGACUCCGACGAGGAAGAUCCCCCAGUGUUGCCUCCGUUGUGACGGCGGGACGGUUUGCUCCCCUGGGCAAACGAGCGAUUCUCCACCGGCUGUGCCUUGGAGACGUGCGGAGGGCACCCGGGAAUCAGGAACUGAAGGGCACAAAGUUGGCAUCUGCCAGAAAAUGCACGAAACGCUUCCGGCCCUGACACGGCGACCUUCGUGCGUUUCAAACCUCACUUUGCAGGCCUUGUUUUUUGGCUUUUGGUAUUACCGUGAUUCGUUUUAAUUCCUGUCUGGUUGCGUUUUCCAUUUUUGUCCCUGCUCAGGGUGUAUUUUGUGCUUUUCUGACGCUGGGUUUGUCAGAAGAUCUCCAUUCGGUCUUCCGUCCCUGAGCAAGGCAGCUGCUGGAGAAAAAGCCAUGAAGACAUCUCUAAAAUAAAUAUAGAUUUCGGGGAACUGCUUCUAUGCAGCCGGAUGGAUAAAGAUCUGAGUUUGGCGUCAGGAAAUUGUGAGGGGCUUCUAUUUAAAUUCAGAACCAUGAGGACUGGAAUCUUACUUUCUGCUUUGGAAAGUAAAAAGGCCCAGACUCACUUAGGUUCAAUGUCCAUGGAGAACCGGGGAGAGGUUUAUUCCUGAGAAUAUGGAGACUCGAUACUGGUUUAGUUUAAUGCCAUCUAAAUUCCCAUCCUUUGUCCAGCUCAUAGACCACAACCUGUGGCCAGAGCCCUUUUAAACCAUGCAGUUUCUUUCUUCGUCGCUUUAUUUAGCCGCUUGUAAAAGCCGAGACGGCGUUCCUCGUGCGCUACCUGCAGGCGAGGGGUCGCACCGUCCUUGGGAAUAUCAGAGCGUUGUGACCCCGCCGUAAUCUUUGGUUCCACGGCUCCCAUCGUGGCUUGUCAGCGGUGAGGGGAAGAGCAGGCUCGGGCUGCGUGAAUUGCAACCCGGGCGGGCGGGCUGGAGGCGUGUGCGAAGGGGACAGGCGGCAAGCGGGCAACGCCACGGGACAGAGCACCCUAAAGGAGCCAUCGUGCCAGCCGUCUUUAAAGGCUGAGAGCCCUCCUGCUCCUCCCUGUCCUCCGUGG